UAUGAGUUGGUGGUCACUUGUCUUUAACAUGAACACACCCAUCCAUCUGUUCUCAGUGUGUGGGGCUUUUUUUUCAGCGCAAGCCAUCUACACUCCCACAAGCCUCUAUGCUGUUUCCAAACACCUGCAUUGCCUAGAUCAGCUGUAGUGGCUGGAAGCUCACUGCCUUGUUCUCCCUGCAGACAGAGCAGAUUUGGCCCCCAAAUUUCAGUGGGAGAGUUUGUUUCAGUACGUGCGCUGUGGUGGCUUACAAUGGAUAGCAUUGAGAAGAGAAACUGAUAAUCUUCACGGAAGACUAAUUUGAAUGAAAUCAGUGCUGACAAGCAGUCUCGAAGCAGAGUAGGGAGCAAGUGCAUCUGCAAGCUGAGCUCUAAGGACUUCCCUAAACCACUGCUGUCGGAGCUCCCAGGGAAACAAUAAAAACAGGCUUUUAACCACUUUACUGGAGGCUUUGUUGAAUUCAGCGCUACAGCUCCAAAUUAAGGCAGGCAACAAUGGAAGAGGACAUGGAUGAGGGACAGACACAAAAAGGAUGCUUUGAGUGCUGCAUCAAAUGCUUAGGCGGCAUCCCAUACCCGUCUCUGAUUGCCACCAUCCUGCUGUACGCUGGGGUGGCGCUCUUCUGCGGCUGUGGGCAUGAGGCUCUCUCUGGCACCGUCACCAUCCUGCAGAACUACUUCGAGGUGGUCAGAGGCCCCAUGGACUCCUUGGAUGUCUUCACCAUGAUUGAUAUCAUCAAGUAUGUGAUCUACGGCAUUGCAUCUGCUUUCUUCGUGUACGGCAUCCUGCUGAUGGUGGAGGGCUUCUUCACAACGGGGGCCAUCAGAGACCUGUAUGGGGACUUCAAGAUCACCACCUGCGGCCGCUGCGUCAGCGCCUGGUUCAUCCUGCUGACCUACAUCUUCAUGCUGGCCUGGCUGGGUGUGACCGCCUUCACCUCCCUGCCCGUCUUCAUGUACUUCAACAUCUGGACCAUCUGUCAGAACACCACAGCCGUUGAAAGCGCCAACCUGUGUCUGGAUCUACGCCAGUUUGGAAUUGUGACGAUUGGGGAAGAGAAGAAGGUUUGCACAGGGUCAGAGAAGUUCUUCAAAAUGUGUGAAUCAAAUGAGCUGGACCUGACGUUCCACUUGUUCAUCUGUGCCCUUGCUGGAGCCGGAGCAGCGGUCAUUGCAAUGAUUCAUUAUCUGAUGGUGCUCUCGGCCAACUGGGCGUAUGUGAAAGAUGCCUGCAGAAUGCAGAAGUAUGAGGAUAUCAAAUCUAAGGAGGAGCAGGAGCUCCACGAUAUCCACUCCACCCGCUCCAAAGAGCGCCUGAAUGCCUACACAUAAAGCACACAUGCUAAGUCUCUGCCUCGCCUCCUCUCCAGGGGGGUGGGCCAGACUCCCAUACUGAGCUUACGGGUGUGUCGCAGUAUGGGUCAGGGGGGCCACAGCGUCGCCCUGACAGCAUUGCUGAUGACAGACCUUUACCUCUGUCCAGGACUGAGUUCUUUUUUCUGAUUCCUCUACUACUGCCUCCUUUUUAAAUUUACAUCAGAGACAACACAACUUAGCCGUCUCAGUUUUUCAGUUAUUGGCGUACCAUCCCUCAUCAAUCUAUCGUUGUUUUCUUAUUAAUUCAUCUCUAAUGCGAUUGAAUUUCCAUAAUCAUAUUUGUUUUUUUUCCUUUUCUUUUUUUUGAGGGAUGUUUCUGGGGUUAAACAAGUUCAAUCAUAUUUUCACCUUCUCUAAACCUAAAAAGGUUUGUACAUUUUUAAUAAGCUCUCAUUUCACAGAGCUCAUUCGCAGCUCACGAAUAAGACCAUCCUUUUUAUUCCAGAACCAAAAUGUGACCAAAUU